AACAGUAUCCGGUAAUUUUCUCCAAUUUUUCUGUUCAGCGCCUCUUCUCAGCUUACUUGACUCGGUCCGUUACCGCCAUAUUUAUUUUUUCUUUCCCCAGAUUCCCUCUCGGAUUCAAUCUCCGAUCGGGCUUAAUCAAUCUCUCUCCUUUUGAUCUGCAAUUUGUUUCUUAUUUGCCGGAUUAAGUUCGUCGUCGGGAUACUGGACGCGUUUCUGGCCAUUUGGUGUGCAUGGCGAUUUGGAUCCAGAUCUAGGGUUUUACUUUGAUUUCUGUCUGAAAUUGGCGCGUUCUACCGUUUAUUUCUUCGCUAGAAUUUAUUUUUCAGGCUCGAGGGAUUCGGAUCUUGCGUCUGUGGAGAGUUUGAGGUUGCGGCGUUGAAGAUGGCUGUCAAAACAGCACAAUCAUUUAGAGAUCGGACACAGGAAUUCCAGAACAUAACAGAGAGGCUAAAGAAGUCUUUCCCAUCUGCCACAGGAACAACUGGAGCAAGUGGUGGUUCGAAAUCGGAAGAGCAGCGGUCUGCUGUGGCAAUUCAAUCUGAAUUUAAUAAGAGGGCUUCCAAGAUUGGGUUAGGGAUACACCAGACGUCUCAGAAACUCUCAAAGUUGGCGAAGUUGGCAAAGAGGACUUCAGUUUUUGAUGACCCAACAAUGGAAAUUCAGGAGCUAACUGCACUUAUUAAGCAGGACAUCACAACAUUGAACUCCGCAGUUGUAGAUCUUCAGCUUCUCUGCAACUCUAGGAAUGAAAGUGGAAACAUAUCUAGUGAUACUACUAGUCACUCAACCACUGUGGUAGAUGACCUUAAGAAUCGACUGAUGAGCACCACAAAAGAAUUUAAAGAAGUCCUAACCAUGCGAACAGAAAAUUUGAAGGUUCAUGAGAACAGAAGACAACUAUUUUCUUCUACUGCUUCAAAGGAAUCUACAAAUCCUUUUGUGCGUCAACGCCCAUUAGCUUCCAGGUCAGCUGCUGGUGCCCCAAGUGCCGCACCCCCUCCCCCAUGGGCCAAGGCAUCAACAUCUUUUUCCAAAACAUCUCCCAGUAAGCAGGUGGAUGGGGAGAGUCAACCACUGUUGCAGCAGCAGCAGCAACAUCAACAGCAACAGAUGGUUCCUUUACAAGAUACUUACAUGCAGAGCAGAGCUGAAGCUCUUCAAAACGUAGAAUCCACCAUUCAUGAAUUGAGCAAUAUCUUCAACCAGCUGGCAACUCUGGUUUCUGAACAAGGAGAGAUUGCUAUCAGGAUCGACGAGAACAUGGAUGAUACUUUGGCAAAUGUGGAGGGGGCACAGGGUGCUCUGCUCAAGUAUCUAAACAGUAUAUCAUCUAAUAGGUGGUUGAUGAUCAAAAUUUUCUUUGUACUAAUAUUUUUCCUCAUGGUUUUCCUAUUUUUUGUGGCUUAAUCGUUGAAGAGAAGAGAGAUGUAAUUGGAAAAAAU